CAGAGAGUAGAUCGAUACCCCACCCCAACCAACACAUUGACGAAUACAGGCCUUCUAAAAAGCAAGGCCUUGCCUCCUUCCUUAGCUACUGUACGUAGAAAUGGCUAAGAUGGAGUUCUUAAAGGAAUAUGAACAGGCAGAUGAAGUCUCUCGCAGUGCAUUCCCUCCUAACUUUGUCUUUGGCGUUGCCACUUCCGCCUAUCAGGUUGAAGGAGCCUGCAAGGACGGCGGCAGGGGUCCUAGUAUCUGGGAUGCUUUUACACACACUAAAGGCAAGAUCAUUGAUGGAAGCAAUGGUGACAUUGCUGUGGAUCAAUAUCAUCGGUAUAAGGAAGAUGUUGAUCUCAUUGCCAAGUUGGGAUUUGAUGCUUAUCGGUUUUCCAUAUCAUGGUCUCGAAUCUUCCCUGUGUAUCUUAUGUUUCUGUUUGCAGAUGGUCUAGGAACCAAAGUCAAUGAAGAUGGGAUUGCUUACUACAACAAUGUCAUUAAUGCUCUCCUGGAAAAAGGCAUUCAGCCUUAUGUAACGCUGUACCAUUGGGAUCUACCAUUGUACCUUCAUGAAAGUAUGGGAGGGUGGUUAAACAAGCAGAUUGUAAAAUACUUCUCAGCCUAUGCAGACACCUGCUUUGCAAGUUUUGGCGAUAGAGUAAAGCACUGGAUCACAAUUAAUGAGCCUCUUCAAACUUCCGUCAACGGUUACGGUUUCGGGAUAUUUGCUCCCGGAAGACAUGAACAUGCAUCUACAGAACCAUAUUUGGUUGCGCACCAUCAACUGUUGGCCCAUGCUGCUGCUGUUUCCAUAUACCGAAGCAAGUAUAAGGACAAGCAAGGUGGACAAGUAGGGUUGACAGUAGACUGUGAAUGGGCAGAGGCUAAUUCAGAUAAAAUUGAAGACAAAAUUGCUGCAGCAAGGCGCCUAGAUUUUCAGAUUGGAUGGUACUUAGAUCCAAUAUAUUCUGGAGAAUAUCCCAAAGUUAUGCGUGAACGACUUGGAGAUCGGCUUCCCAUAUUUUCAGAGGAAGAUAAGGAUUUGCUCAAGAACUCGUUGGACUUUGUUGGUCUGAAUCACUAUACAUCAAGAUUUAUUGCUCAUGUAAAAAACAGCCCUGAGGAGGGUGAUUUUUAUAAAGCACAAGAGCUGGAGAGGAUCGAUAAAUGGGAAGGAGGUGAGAUUAUUGGCGAGAAGGCAGCAUCAGAAUGGCUUUAUGUUGUUCCCUGGGGCAUCCACAAGGUCCUGAAUUACAUAGCACAGAAAUACAAUAGUCCACCGAUAUAUAUUACUGAGAAUGGUAUGGAUGAUGAGGAUAAUGACUCCUCCCCACUUCAUGAAAUACUAGAUGACAAACUGAGAGUUAGUUAUUUUAAGAGAUACCUUGCAGCGGUCGGCAAUGCAAUGAGGGAUGGAGCAGAUGUGAGGGGAUACUUUGCAUGGUCAUUACUGGAUAACUUUGAGUGGGCUCAAGGCUAUACCAAGCGCUUUGGUUUGGUUUACAUUGACUACAAGAAUGGGCUCUCCCGGCACCCAAAAUCUUCUGCAUACUGGUUCUUGCGGUUCUUGAAAGGUGGUGAAGGGAAAGAUGGCAAGGAGGAAUAACUGACGGUCAAUCCUUAACGCCAAAUUGGCUUGUUACAUUCAUUGGUUUUAUGCCAGUAAGGGACCUCGAUAACAUGUUUCAUGUCGCAAAGUUUUUAUGUUUCUUGAAGUCUUAUUAUUCAAACGAUUCUGGAACUAGUUUUAUGUGCAUACUGUAUUAUAUGCAUAUUGCGUGAAAAGUUGAGCUGUUGAGGUUUUCAUUUGCAGUAUAGCCGAUGUUAGAUCUAUCAACUGCCCACCA